AGUUUGAAGUGGAGAAAAAAGUGUUUUGUAAACAAAGAAAAAUGACAACAAAGAAAAACUUUUCCACGUGAUUUUCCAAAGCAAAAUGCUGAGUUUUUUCAAGCGAAAGGAGGUUGAAAGGAAAGGAUACAAACUCUCAAAUGUGAGCAGAAGCAGAAAAGUCGGUGUUGUUGCGUCUUCUUUGAAGGAAUUGCUGAAGAAGGGACGAGAAAAAUUUCAGAUAGAUGACUGCAGAUGCUAUUUAGCUCAAGAUGGAACCCUUGUGGAUGAUGAAAUGUACUUCCGGAAUCUCCCGGAGCAGACAUUGUUCGUUGUGGCAGGAAGUGAUGAAGUUGUAAAGACGGACUUUGAGCUCCUCUAUGACGUCAUUCGAAGCAGGAACUCUAGUUUGCUAAAAGUCGGUGAGAUUGUAAAGAAUUUCAUUUGUAGCAACAAAGACAGCUUCCUGAACUCCCUGAAAGUUCUCGAGGAGAAGGAGAAUGAAAAGACAGAGAAGAGUCUACGGGAAGAAGAUGGAGAAUGGUUUUCCGGGCAGGAGAGUCGUUUCGCCAGCAAAGAGGAAGUAAUGGCGAGAAGGGCUCAAGAUCGUGUGAGAGGAUACUUCUAUAAGGCCAAAGAUGAGAUCACACGAUGCCAGCUCUAUCGUCAGAGUCUCCCGGCAAAAUUAAAGCUGGAUGAGAUUCUUGGGGUCUUUCAGUACUUCCUCAUUGGGUGUGAUCAUUUCAGCUGCCUCUUCGACAGGAAGUACCCGCGAAAGCAUCAUUCAGUCGAAGAAGAUUCCCCCGACGGAGGGAUUCCCAAGAAGAGAAUGCGCCUCUUACGGAAUCUCUUCGAAGAGGAGGAAUUCUUCAAGGAUCUCUGUGUCUCCCUUUGCAAUUCGCACGGAGAUUUCCGCUGUCAGGGAGUGUGGAGUGAUGUCACAUGCCAAUACCCAGGACACACAAUAAAUCCCUACUCAACACGCGAGAACUUCCUCCUCUUCCAAGUCUGGAAUCUCGAUCAUCAAAUUGAGAUCUCUCGCACUGUCAUCCCAUCCCUGUUGCAAACAGUUGAGCUCCUCACCACGGAGAAUCGGGUCAAGUGCAAAGUUCAUCAGUCGCGAGGAAUAAACAUUGACAUUAUCACGUACUUCCUGGAGCUCUUUACAAUGGACAAUCUCAAGCUAGUUCACAUUGUCUGCCACGACAAAGGCGCCCACCAUGGUCUCCAGUCCAAAGGGAGAGUACUCUGUGCCAAAUGCACCGAACAAGAUGCCCUUGAUAAGAUAAUGAGAAAGAUUCAGCAAACCAGCAGCAUCUAAGGUAUGUGACUUCCAAAUCUCCCAAAUUGAUCUCCAAAAAAAAAUUUUAGUAUAAAAUUUAAUGUUUUUUAAUUAAUUAAUACCAUGCCGGACCUAAAGUAAUUAAUUAAAAUUUUUAAAUAAAUUUUUCACACAAUCCUGAAA